CAAAGAUACGCAACGUCGUGGGCCUAUGCGGAGUUUCCCUCAUCUUUCUUCUUGCGGUUCCAGGCUCCACCGCACAUAGAUCAACGGCUCAGAUUCUCCGAUGAUUUUCGGGUUGUUUCGCCGGAGAUGAUUGCUCGUUCCGGCCCAAACUCAGCUAGGAUCGCACUACUUCUGAAUCUAUACGGUUGAAUUGGUUUACUUCUGCGAUUUGUUAGGUUUCGGCAAUUUCUAUGGCUUCUGACGACGAAGACGAAAACCUCGCCCACUUCCUUGAAUCGGAAGUCCUCUCUGAGUUAUCCGAUCAGGAAAACUUGGAAAGAGUGGAAACAGAUAACGAGAUUGAGGAGGUGAGAUGCGGGAAGAGAUUAUUCAUUGAUGAGAGUGAGCUUAGUGAACAAGAAGAGAAAGAAAAACAAGAAGCAAAGAAAAUUAGAGUUGAUGAUGGUGAGAUUAGUGAUGAAGGAUUAUCUAGGGCAGUAAGAUCUUCGUCUUCGACAUCUUUGUCAUCUCUUGAUGAGGAAGCUGAAGCUGAAGUUGAAGAUGCAUCAUCAACUCCCCCAAAAGCUGAAACUGUGAUAGGCAACAACGGCAAUGAUGGAAGAGUCGAUACUGAAAGUAGACAGAUGCCUAAGAGGAUUGAGACAGGGAUUUUCAGUCAGAUCCCUCCCGAAUUGCUGUUUCACAUCCUCAAAUUUCUCUCUUCUGAGGAUCUUGUUUCAUGUUUGUUAGUGUGCAAAUUUCUAAAUUUCGCUGCUGCAGAUGAAUCCUUGUGGCGUCGCCUAUAUUGCAUGCGUUGGGGUCUAUUGCCUCCUAAAAAGCCUCGGGAAUGUGCUUGGAAGAAGCUUUACAUCCAGCGUGAUAAAGAAGAUAUGGUGGAGUUUGCGCGAAAUUGCCCAUCUGAAUUCAAGCAAUAUUACAUUCAAAUGCAGGUAGCAAAGAGAAGCCAAGCACCUAAUCUUUCUCAGGUAAAUGAUGAUCGAGUAAUUCUUGACAAGACUCUUGCUGAUCAAGUCUCUAUGUGGAAGAGUAGCAGAGGUCUGCCUGAUAAUGUGAUAGUCAAUCACGCAUGUUCUGGGGAAAGUUGCACAUACUAUCGAAUUGGGGAUGUGUUUGUUUGUGAAAAGACUGGAAACGUGCACGUUUGUGACGACACGUGCAAGGAAAUUAUCAUGGACCCUACAAAUGAACUCUUGGUCUGCACCAUCUCGGGGCGCUGUUUCGACAGAUUACUCUCACCAGCAGAAGAAGUUGAUACAGAACAGCAGCAAGGUGGAGUUGGCGACGAGGCAGAACCGUUCAUGGGAUCUGGACGCUUCGCAAGGGCUUAUCUUCUUGGAUACAAUUGUGAAGAUGAGAAAGAGCUGGAAGCUGCUCUGAGGUUUUGCUGAGCUGCUACUACACGCCAUAGCCAUAGGGACUUUGAAACUUUUUGGGGUUUAGAAUGUUUUAUAUAUUUAAUCAGUUCAGUUGGCUCUGUCUGUAGUGUUGGUGUUGCCCUUAUUUUGGAACAAGCCGUGGCUGCUCCUAUAAAUGAUCCCAAAACGUCUGUAAUAAAUUUUUUUCUUAGGCUCAUAUGACUGGAAAUUGCAACCAGGGGCCCGGCCGGAGUCUGGCUAGGAUCACGAAUCGGUACUAGGUUUGGUUCGAUUAAUUUAUUAUAUUUAUAUUUA